AUGGGCCUUGGAAAUCUUUUGUCUGGCUUUUGCAAGACACCUACUGAGAUGUUCGUUUCUCGUGCCUUUACCGGGUUUGGCGCAGGUGCCAUCAAUGCCCUAGUUCAAAUUGCGAUGGCCGACAUCACCACACUUGAACAACGUGGAUAUUACUUCGGCAUGAUGGGCAUAGCUGUUGCCCUUGGAAAUGGAUUGGGACCCGUUAUAGGCGGGAUUUUGACCCAGUCAAUUGGAUGGCAAUGGGCGUUCUGGUUUGUCUGUCCGUUGACUGCGGUCGCUGCGGGCUAUUUUCUAUUAGUUUGGCCUAAGUCGCACUCCACCUCCGCAUCAGCAGAUCAGAUCUGGCCCAAAGUGAAGCUAGUGGAUUGGUUGGGAGCCGGUACCAGCCUGGGUGCGAUCGCAUUGUUUCUAGUGAGCAAACCAACCCUCAAACUUCAAGUUCACAAGGACUUUAGCUGA